ACAUAUACACCAUUUCCUCAAGAAGCAGCAGCACUAUUAUAGUGCAUAUUAUCCUCUGUUACACCUUUUCCUUCCCAAGUUCACUCUACAACUCUGUUAAAAUUUGACCACAUUGUAGUAUAUAGUCAUGGCUGCCUCUCACGCUUUACUAUGGAUAUCAAAACCUAGCGGCAUUAGUAGUCUUGCAAUCAGCUUCGUAACAUUCAUUCUUCUUGUUGGAAUGACUUCUGCUCAAUUAUCUGCGAACUUCUAUGCAAGCUCUUGCCCAAACGUGCUCACCACCAUCAGAACAGCAGUGAACUCUGCUGUAUCAAAAGAGGCUCGGAUGGGGGCAUCCUUACUCCGUCUUCAUUUCCAUGAUUGUUUCGUAAAUGGAUGUGAUGCAUCGGUGCUGCUGGACGAUACAGCAAACUUCACAGGAGAAAAGACGGCUGGCCCCAAUAACAACUCUCUACGAGGAUUUGAGGUGAUAGACAGCAUCAAAUCCCAACUUGAGACCUCGUGCCCCGGUGUUGUUUCUUGCGCCGAUAUUUUGACCGUCGCAGCUCGCGACGGUGUUGCUGCGCUGGGCGGCCCAAGUUGGAACAUACUACUCGGCAGAAGGGACUCGACCACAGCAAGUUUAAGUGCGGCCAAUAGCAAUAUCCCUGGGCCAGGAUUGAACCUUAAUGCUCUGAUUUCGGCCUUCGCAAACAAAGGGUUCACAGCCACAGAAAUGGUGGCUCUAUCAGGAGGUCACACAAUAGGCCAGGCCAGGUGCCUCUUAUUCCGGAACCGUAUCUACAAUGAAGCCAACAUAAACGCCUCUUUCGCCGCCGCCGUGAAAGCGAAUUGUCCUCGCAGCGGAGGCGACAACAACCUCUCUCCGCUGGACACAACCAGUCCCAUUUCAUUUGACAAUGCUUAUUUCAGGAACUUGCAAACCCAAAAGGGACUACUCCACUCCGAUCAACAGCUGUUCAGCGGAGGAUCCACAAAUGCUCAAGUCAAUACUUACAGUUCCAAUUCUGCCACCUUUUUCACCGAUUUUGCUAAUGCCAUGGUGAAGAUGGAUAACCUUAGCCCCCUCACGGGUACAAAUGGCCAGAUCCGGACCAACUGCAGGAAAACCAACUGACUGAAGUAGUCAGAUGCAGUUGCCACUCUGCUUUUUCUGUUUUCUUCUUUAAUUUAUCUUUAUGAAAUUAUAUGGGUUUAAUUUCCUUUCAUCAUGUGUUUCUUUUACCAUUAUCACUUUUGCUGUAAUAUCAUCUUACAUUUGGAACACAAGUAAAACUGC